AUAAACGUCAAAGUGAAACUGGUUAUCAAAAAACAUCAUCGCCUUCAUCCACAUGGUUUCAUAUACCAGUAACUGUCAUCGCCUCCACUAAUCAAACAUACUUUGCAGUCGUAUUCUCCGUCAUUGCACGACCACCAGUUUAUAAGCCAUCUAUACCUAAACAGUCUACCAUACAAAUCGACCGAUGGCGAGCUCUGCUCUUAUUUAAUUGAUACCGUAGAUUGUGUGAUGCCAGUCAGAUCGUCAAAUCCUAUUCGCGCCAGAAGUCUCAUUCGCAACAACUUGGAGAAGUCAAGCAGUAACGUCCAGCAGCAGCAGCUCCUGCAGUCCAGAAUGCCCAACAUCAAGGUCUUCUCCGGUUCGUCUCAUCCGGAUCUAGCGUCGCGCAUCGUGGACCGCCUCGGGAUCGACCUUGGGAAGGUGGUUACGAAAAAGUUCAGCAAUUUGGAAACAUGUGUUGAAAUCGGCGAAUCCGUUCGUGGCGAAGAUGUCUACAUUGUGCAGUCUGGUUCCGGCGAGAUCAACGAUAAUCUGAUGGAACUGCUGAUCAUGAUCAAUGCAUGCAAGAUUGCUUCCGCAUCGCGAGUGACUGCUGUCAUACCAUGCUUCCCAUACGCCCGGCAGGAUAAGAAGGAUAAGACAGGCGAUGAUAAGCUGGCCAUGUUGAUGAAGACCAAUGAGUGGAAGUUUCGGAGUCGUGCACCGAUUUCGGCAAAGUUGGUAGCUAAUAUGCUAUCAGUAGCGGGUGCUGAUCAUAUUAUUACAAUGGAUCUUCAUGCUUCACAGAUUCAGGGUUUCUUCGAUAUCCCAGUGGAUAAUCUGUACGCCGAGCCGGCAGUACUGAAAUGGAUUCGAGAAAACAUUGCGGAGUGGAGAAAUUCGAUCAUCGUAUCUCCGGACGCUGGUGGUGCUAAGCGAGUUACAUCGAUUGCCGAUCGGUUGAAUGUCGAGUUUGCGCUGAUUCACAAGGAGCGGAAAAAGGCAAACGAGGUCGCCUCUAUGGUCCUGGUCGGUGAUGUGAAAGAUCGGGUGGCUAUUUUGGUGGACGAUAUGGCUGAUACUUGUGGUACCAUAUGUCAUGCAGCCGACAAACUGGUGGAAGCUGGCGCGACCAAAGUUUACGCCAUUCUGACCCACGGUAUAUUCAGCGGGCCUGCGAUCUCGCGGAUAAAUAAUGCUUGUUUUGAGGCUGUAGUUGUUACGAAUACCAUACCUCAGGAUGGACACAUGAACGAUUGCCCUAAAAUCCAGUGCAUUGACGUGUCAAUGAUGUUCGCCGAGGCUGUUCGUCGAACCCACAACGGUGAGAGUGUAUCAUAUUUGUUUUCGAAUGUUCCUUAUUAGAAGCAUCCCUAUUGGAGAUCGAGUAAAGAGCAGACAAGAGACUAGAAUCCAGGAUAAUGGACCAGAGUCUUCUUCUUUGUGUUUUUGCAAUUUUUCAUUUUGGAACAACAUUUAUUUUGAUAAACUAACAUUUUGACACAAAAAAGACUAUGAAUAUCUCAGCAUUCAACGCAAAUUCGAAAUAACUGACAAGAGGACCGAAAAUUUAUUUUAGCAGAAAAAGAUUGUGAUCUAGCGGUUUCCCUAUGUGUCAAUUCCUUUCUAAAAGGCGGACGACUAAAAUAUUUAGUUUUCAUGCACGGAAUGGAUUAGCGUUCUGACCCUGGCUUCAAAAUACACAUCUUUUGCGAUGGCCUCCGAUGAACAGAAAUAGUUUACACAAGCCACUACAAACCAGAGUUAAACUUUGCUUUAUAGCAAGCCAUUUAGGGGUAGCUUUUAGUUUUAGCCGAUUGGAUUUCGUGCUUGUAAAACAGACUACACGCAUCUGCGAGUAAACUGGUAAAUUCAAAUCCAAUUAAUUCUAAGGUACAACUACAAAAUAUAUUUUUACGCUACUUGAUAUGAACAUGAAAAGAUAUAGAAAAUAUAGUAUUACACUAGCAGAAA